AUGGGCCGGAUCUCAGGGCUCGUGCCCUCGCGUUUCCUGACGCUCCUGGCGCACCUGGUGGUCGUCAUCACCUUGUUCUGGUCCCGGGACAGCAACAUCCAGGCGUGCCUGCCUCUCACCUUCACCCCCGAGGAGUAUAAGACGCAGGACAUUCAGCUGGUGGCCGCGCUCGCUGUCACCCUGGGCCUCUUUGCAGUGGAGCUGGCCGGUUUCUUCUCAGGAGUUUCCAUGUUCAACAGCACCCAGAGCCUCCUCUCCAUCGGGGCUCACUGUAGUGCAUCUGUGGCCCUUUCCUUUUUCAUAUUUGAGCGUUGGGAGUGCACCACGUACUGGUACAUUUUCGUCUUCUGCAGUGCCCUCCCAGCAGCCACUGAAAUAGCCUUAUUCAUCAGCGUCUUUGGGCUGAAAAAGAAACCGUUCUGA